AUGAGGAAGAUGAAGAAUCGCAAUCUUGAAUGUGGAUUUCUAGACCUUCUUCUGGUAGUUUUGAUCUCCGUGUUUGUUCCUGUAAAGUCCCUGACUAACUCAGUAGAUGUCGCGGCAAUGAUGGCUUUGAAGCAGAGUUUGAACAAUCAGCUCUCGAGUAGUCUUACUCAAGUCAAUAAAUCUGUAAGCUCAAACGGCAACCCAGACAUCGGGAAUAACGUCCCGUCUCCAGCCCCUGUUACUAGUAAGUCGAGCUCAGGGAGUAUUGUUGUAGGCUCAAACGGAAACCCAGACAUGGAGAAGAACGUCCCGUCUCUAGCCCCAGAACCAUCUGGUGAUGGUAGUCCAAAUGGGACAAACAGCGGUGGCCGGAAUAAUUCUUCAGCCUCUGUUGGAGUUAUAGUGUGUUCAAUAAUCAGUGGUGUCUUUCUGGUUUUCUUGGCUGGAUACAGUAGAAUGCGAAAGCAGUGUGGUAGAGUCCACGGCCCCAAUACAAUGGUGGUCCAACCUCACCAUUUUGGCUCUAACCCUGAAACAGCAAAGGCCUUGAGUGAAAACUAUAAUUGGUCAAGCAGUGGGCCGAGUGAAAUUGAAAUGGGUGACACAGGUAACAUGGUGAUGAUUUCCAUUCAAGUCCUAAGAAAUGCGACUAACAAUUUUAGUGAAGAUAACAUUUUGGGAAGAGGAGGUUUUGGGACAGUGUACAAAGGAGAAUUGGACGAAUGUACAAAGAUCGCUGUGAAGAGAAUGAACUCUGGUAUAAUGACUAAGAAGGGACACAAAGAAUUCAAGUCUGAGAUUGAUGUUCUUACCAAAGUCCGACACCGACAUCUUGUUGCUCUUCUUGGGUAUUGUUUGGAUGGAAAUGAGAGGCUUCUUGUGUUUGAGUACAUGCCUCAGGGGACUCUCAGCCGGCAUCUUUUCAAUUGGAAAGAAGAAGGGCUGAUGCCACUAGGGUGGUCAAAAAGAUUGAGCAUUGCCUUAGAUGUGGCCAGAGGUGUUGAGUAUCUACAUGGUUUAGCCCAUCAAAGCUUCAUUCACAGGGACCUAAAGCCUUCAAACAUUCUUCUAGGAGACGAUACGAGGGCUAAAGUAGCAGAUUUUGGUCUUGUUCGUCUUGUUCCUGAAGGGAAAUCCUCCAUUGAGACAAGACUCGCAGGAACCUUUGGGUAUCUUGCUCCAGAGUAUGCAAGUAAUUUAACUUCUAUCUGUAUUUGGAUUAGAAAUUUUAGAAUGAUUGUGAUCUUCUUUUACAAGGUUCGGGUUCAGAUUUACCCAAAAGCUCUUCUUUUCUUUAGUUUAUUUUUGUCUUUCCCAUAUAUUCUGAACUUCCAGCAAAGCUUCUCACUUCUAAAUUUAUUUAUCAAUUGAUCUUUGUUCCCGUUUCUUCUUUCAAAAGGGUCCUAACUUGUUCUGAAAUUUAUGCAUACAUGAAAAUCUUAGGAUCAAAACAAUGAACAAGAUGUGAUGAAAUGCUUCAUUUUGUUUAGCAAUAAGAAGAAUUGAGCCUAUGUUUAUGUUUGGAUACAAAUUUCCAAUUAGC